AGAGACGUUCGAGAGUUGAUGGCAUGAGCAUGUGCCUCUCUUUUGCUUUUUCAUCCAUCAGUUCACCUCUUCCCAAAUGCCAGGUACACAUCUUGAUUGUCUGGCUGUGAUUCUGCAUCCUCAAGUCCAGGAAAGGAGUACUUAAAGUUUUCACUAAACUUAAAAUGUUUGUAAGACAGUGAAAGAUUUUUUUUGUGGAUUUUCCUGCAGAAUUUGGUGGAAAUUAUGUGAAAAUGUUUGAGUGAAAAUUUGUGGGAAAACAAUCUGUGCAAUUUGUUCCUCCUGAGGAGAAAUGGUUUAUUGGAAAAACAACCUGUGGUACUCAGUUCUUGUGUUUUCCCUCUUCCUCGUUCACAGCAUCAGCGUACCAACAAUCUUGGACAUGAGAAUCAUUCAGACAACAUGCAGAACCAUUCCGGGAUUCACCAAGGAACAAAUUGAACUCUGUCUUCGGGCGAAUGAUGUAACAAUGGCAGCUCUCGAUGGACUCGAAUUUGCUAUUCAAGAGUGUCAGAAUCAGUUUCGUUGGCAUCGAUGGAACUGCUCUUCGCUCAGCAACAAAAGUCGAAACCCAUAUGCUUCAAAUUUACUAAAAAGAGGAUACAGAGAAAGUGCUUUUGCGUAUGCAAUUGCAGCCGCUGGAGUAGCUCACAAUGUGGCUCGAGCUUGCAGUCAGGGAAAGCUACUUUCUUGCGGCUGUGACCCUUCAAUAAAUCGUCGUGGUCUUAGCAAGUACCUCCGGGAAUCCCUCAUUGAAGAUCCCUCUAGAAAUUCUCUAAACUCCGUUGAUUCCAUUGGAAGUGUUUCUCUGGACAAGCGAAAAUCCAGAUCCAGACUCGGUAGUCGCUGGAAAUGGGGAGGAUGCUCCCACAACAUGGACUUCGGGGCAGAAUUCUCUGAGCUCUUCCUGGAUGCCCGAGAGAGAGCUGGAGACAUCCAGUCGCAGAUAAAUCUGCACAACAAUCGCGUUGGGAGGCGAGCAGUGGCCAACAACAUGGUUAUCAGAUGUAAAUGCCACGGGAUGUCCGGAAGCUGUCAGUUGAAGACUUGCUGGAGAUCAGCACCGGAUUUUUCUGUGGUUGGAAAAUUUCUCAAGCAGCAAUUCAGGAGGGCAGUUCUGGUGGAUCAAUCGAAUAUUGGAAAUGGACCUCCAAUGGUUGUUGUUAGUCACAAGAACAAGAAGAGGAGGAAGAAUCGUCCACCGAGGAAGACUCAGGGGGAGAGAAUGAGUAAUGGGGGAAUGAGGAAGUUGGAGAAUUCUCUGUUUUACUACCAGAGAUCUCCGAAUUUCUGUGAAAAGGAUCCAACUUCGGACAUUCCUGGAACAUCCGGAAGGAGAUGCAACAGGACAAGUUCUGGGAGCGACGGCUGUGCUUCCUUGUGCUGCGGCAGAGGAUACAGCUUAAUGAGGGAGCAGAGAGUCGAAAGAUGCCACUGCAAGUUCCAUUGGUGCUGCUUUGUGGAAUGCCAACGCUGUGACGUCGAAGAGUGGAUCAGUGUCUGCAACUGACUCUGUCCAGGAACACAAAUCCAGCAGUAUUAAAUCCAUUUAGUCUUAAUUUAAAUUAAUUUAAAGAGUGAAAAAAAAGUGUUAGUACCCGUGUAAA